UUGUGCUCUCUGGCAAUGUCCCCUGGCAGCGCCUCCCCAGACCUCGCAGCGGAGGAGGCAGGACCCGCAGCCCCCCAUUUUUGCGGAUUUCGGCUAAAAAAACGACAAACCCGCGCGUGCCCCACCGCCGCCGGGCUCCGCUCCCGGCCCGGACCUUGCCGACCGCCUUCGUCCAUUUCCGCCGCCCCGCGGGGCCGAGCCGCACCGCGCAUGCGCCGUGUGCCCCCACCACCCCCCAGCCGCGGGGAGUCUCGCGAGAGCCGGCGGCGCGCUAAGAUGGCGGCGCUGUGCGAGGCUUUCACGCUCUGCGGCCUGGGGCCCAGCGGUGGCGUCGGGCAGGGCGGCGGCGGCGGCGUCCUGGCGCUGGAGCCGGGCCCUGGCCCCGACCACGUCCUGCUCACCGACCGCGGCAGGACGGCCACGCUCUUUAAGGUUUCAGAUCAGAAGCCACUAGGUUGUUGGUCAGUUAAACAUGGGCAGAUUAUCACAAGUCCAGUCGUAUGCAACUUUGAAACUCAUGAAUAUAUAGCUGUUCAUGAUGACAAGGUUUUAAGGAUAUGGAAGGAUGAAGAUGUUAAUUUGGACAAAGUAUUUAAAGCAACGCUUUCAGCUGAUGUGUACAGAAUACAUUCACUGCCCCAUGGGGAUCCAUUGGUAUUAUUCAAAGGAGGUGGUGUUCGAACUUUAGAUGUUCUUUUGGAAGCCCCACAACAAGAAAUUGAAAAUGUUAUUUCAGAUGAAGUUAUCAAGUGGAGUGAAGCUUUCCUGGAAGGUCAACAACCUGUCUUAAUUUUCAUUACUGAGAAGGAUGGGGAUUUUUUCAUCUAUGUACAGAAACUUAAGAUGAACAGUCUACGCAAAUAUAAGCUUGAACAACAGGAAUCUUCUAAUCCACUGAGUUUCACAGCAUAUAUCAAAAAGCAAAUUAUCACACUUCUGUGUUUGUAUUCCAGUGACUCUGUAUACAAGGUUCUGAUACCUCUGCAGCAAAAUGGUGAAGGGGAAGAGCAAAUUCUGUCCAAGUCGCUACUGCUAAACCUUUCAAUGUCUGGAAGUGUUCUAAAAGGAACUUCUUUGGUUGUUAUUGAUAAAGACCAUGUUGCAGUAUUAGGAAGUCUAGCAGCAUCUGGUGAAGAAUCCAAAGAGUGCCUAACAAUAUGGAAUACAAAAUUUCAGACAUUACAAACUUCAAAGGAACUGCCCCUGGGAACCAGUGGACAAUUAUGGUGUUAUGGGGAAAAGUUUUUUUUUACUCAUGGAAAAGUGCUAACAGUAGUUAUAUACAAGUGUGAAACUUCAUCCUUGGCAGCUGCUGUGGGAAAGCUCAAGGACAGUCAAGCUUCUGAUAUUUCUUCAUUUGUAAACUGGAAUACCCUUGAAGAUGAAGAGCUUGUGGUUUCCUUUCAGCCACAACAGUCUGCAGCUCUAAAAUCUGAAUCCAAAAUGACUUUAAGAUCAAGAAGGAACAGUGUUGCUAAAGUACAGCCAGAUACCUUCAAAAUUGGGCAGAUCUUACUAAAUAUAAAAGAUACUUCUGCAGCUGUAAUUGAAGAUGAAUUAAGACAAUUGUUGUUGAAAGCACAGAUGCCAGAUUUCCAAGCCACCAUUGGAUGUGUAAUAACUGCUCUUAUAAACAGGUGUAAAACAGAUCCAGUGUUCUACCCUCGAAACUUCCUGUUACAGAUGGUCCAGAAACGAGAGCUGUCUUACAGUUUGUGUCCAGACUUGAUGGCUGUUGCUUUGGAGAAAAAAGAUGUACAUCUCUUACAAAUCUGCUUGCAACGGUUCCCAGAUAUUCCUGAAGAAAUCACUUAUGCUUGCUUGAAAGUAUUCUUAAGCAUUAGCGACGACUAUCUUGAAAGAACCGAUGUGAAUCUAGAAUCUGUAAUCUGUUACAUUGAUAUUGAACCCAAGAAUAAAGAACUUAAGACUGAAGUUGUAGAAAAUGGUUUCAAUACUGAGCUGGAAGAAGACAGUUGUGAUAAUACAGUCUUAAAGGAAACGCAUACGACAAAUGAUGGUGAAUUCUGCCCUGUUGGACCACAAAAGGCAGCAUUAUUAAAUGCUGUUCUCCAUUCAGCGUACAGUGAAACGUUUCUCUUGCCUCAUCUGAAAGACCUUUCGGCUCAGCAAGCUGUUCUGUUCCUCAGGUAUUUACACUACCUGUAUGUGAAAUGCAGUGAAAAAAUUAAUACCACUCUUCCUGGAAUGCUCUCCCCAACUAUAAAUCAGAUUAUGGAUUGGAUGUGCCUGUUACUUGAUGCUCACUUCACAGUUAUGGUGAUGCUGCCAGAAGCAAAAGGAUUGCUUUCAAGCCUGCAUAAGUUUGUGAGAGCCCAAGUACGAUUCUACUCUGAACUUAAUAAAAUAGAAGGAACUUUGCGAGAACUACAGAGAAUUAAACGCCAGAAAGACUCUCAGGCAUAUUCUAUUGAAGUGCUGGAACUUAUUUGAAUAUGAAAUGAAUUCUCAACAUUUAUUUUAUAUUGAUUCCUUUUGUGACAAGGAUGUAUUAGCACUCCAUAUUGGGGAUGUGAGAAGUUAAGUUUUCUAUGUAGGGAAAACACGGUUACUCUAGCUAUGUGGGGAGUUGUGUAUUAAAAGCUCUUUUUUGACUGGA